CGCGCCGUCGCCGCCCGCGGACCGCCGGCCUCGCUGCGGGUGCGCCUCCCGCGGCUGCCCCGGGCCGGGCUGGGGUAGAAGAUGUCCAUGGAUGUGACGUUUCUGGGGACAGGCGCGGCAUACCCAUCCCCGACCCGGGGUGCCUCUGCUCUGGUUCUGCGGUGUGAGGGCGAGUGCUGGCUCUUUGACUGUGGGGAGGGAACCCAGACGCAGCUUAUGAAAAGCCAGCUUAAAGCAGGGAGAAUUACCAAGAUCUUCAUCACACAUCUUCAUGGAGACCAUUUCUUUGGCCUUCCUGGCCUCCUCUGCACCAUCAGCCUGCAGAGUGGCUCCACGGCCACCAAACAGCCCAUUGAGAUCUAUGGCCCCGCAGGCCUCCGGGACUUCAUCUGGCGAACCAUGGAACUCUCUCACACGGAGUUGGUCUUCCCGUACGUGGUCCACGAGCUGGUGCCUACAGCAGAUCAGUGUCCUGCAGAAGAACUGAAAGAGUUUGCACACCUGGGUGGAGCAGACAGCUCUCCCAAAGAGGGACUGGGAAGGACUAUCCUGCUGGACUCGGAAGAAAACUCAUACCUUCUGGUCGAUGACGAGCAGUUUGUUGUAAAAGCAUUUCGCCUCUUUCACCGAAUCCCCUCCUUUGGGUUUUCAGUGGUGGAGAAGAAGCGCCCAGGUAAACUCAAUGCACAGAAGCUGAAAGACCUCGGUGUUCCGCCAGGUCCUGCCUAUGGGAAGCUGAAAAACGGAAUUUCUGUUGUUCUGGAAAAUGGAGUUACAAUUUCUCCCCAGGAUGUCUUAAAAAAGCCCAUUGUUGGAAGAAAAAUCUGCAUUCUGGGUGACUGUUCCGGGGUGGUGGGCGAUGGGGGCGUGAAGCUGUGCUUUGAGGCAGACCUGUUGAUCCAUGAAGCCACCCUGGAUGACGCCCAGAUGGACAAGGCGAAGGAGCACGGCCACAGCACGCCCCAGAUGGCAGCAGCGUUCGCGAAGCGGUGCCGCGCAAAGAGGCUGGUUCUGACUCACUUCAGUCAGAGGAUAGAGAGAAGUAGAAGGAGACAUUGGACACGCAGGAUUGAAGCCGGCAUGUUGGAUCUUGAACUCUUGGCUGGAGUGCUGACUGCAGGGUCAGGCUAGGUGUUUAUCCUUUAAUUAAUGUGUUAUUGAACUUUCCUGUUUGCUCUAAACGUGUGGUCCUCAGCUCAGGUAAUACCGCUCCCCUAGGUGGGGUUUUGAAAUUGUGGGGAUGUUUCUUGUCAAAAUGACUGGCCGGUGUUUUUCAGUGGUUAAGAGUGUUGGCCUGCAAACCGAAGGUUCUUGGGUUCGAUUCUGGGCCCCAAUUGGGGUGCGUACAGGAGGUAACCAGUUGAUGUGUCUCUCUCAAUCAAUGUUUCUCUCUCUUCCUCUCUCUCUCCCCCUCCCUUUCUUCCACUCUCUCAAUGGAAAAAAUAUCCUCAGGUGUGGAUUAACAACAACAACGAAAAAGAAAUGACUGGGAGGUGGAGGGAGAGUACUACUGAUAUUUAGCAGUAGGAGCCAGGGAUGCUAGAUUCUGUAAAGUUUGGGUCAGCUCUGUACAAUGAAGAAUUAUCUCACCCCAAAAUACAAAUUGCAGGCCUGUUGAGAUACAUAGCAAAUUAAAAUGUAGGCUCCCAAUAUGAAUAUACUUUUUCAAAAUCCAUGACAUAAUGAAUUGAACUACUAGGUAAAGCAUAUUCUACAACAAAUCCUAAAGAACUAGCUAAGUGAAUUGGAAUGUAAUAUCAAAUAUUAUUUGACAGAAAUGAGCCAUAGCUGGAACUUACGAAUGUGGAGGUAAAGAAAUGAUACCUAUUCAACUGCACUUAAUUUACAUAUUCCUAUUAGUAAUUCUUUGAGCACAUUUUUAAUAAAUGUCCUUUCUAGAAUAGCUUUUCCUUCUCACGUGCCUUCUACCUCCUUUCUGCCAUGGGGUAUCUGACUCAUUAGACCCCAAUAUUUCUCAAAAUGUGUUAUAUGGAAAGCUAGUCUCAAGUACUGGUUCAUUCAAAAGGGUUCCCUAAUCAAAUCAGUUUGGGAAAUCCUUUAUGCUAUGUGUUCCUGUGGGAGUGUCCUAAUGCCCUUUGCUAUAUUAAAAACAGUACUGCUUGAGUGUUCAUAAAUCAGUUUUGGUGUCAGAAAGACCUGAUUUCUGGGUUCCAUUUUGUUCCGUACGGUGGAACCUGUGUGGUCUGGAGCAGAUUAGUUACUCUCUCUGAGCUUCCGCUUGCUCAUCUCUAAAAUAGGAAAAAAUAAGACUUGCCUCCCAGGAUUAUUGCAAAAAUUAAGUGAGACAGUGCGUAAAAGGAGUACAUCACCUUGCUUCACGGUGUUGAGACGUCUUUCAGUACAGGGCUGUCAACUCUAUUGAACCCCCUUCUCAGUCCUAUUUCAUCACAUACUAUCUAUUUCCAUCUCAAGAACCCAGAGUUUUAGAGUACACUAGAGGCUCAGUGCACAAAAAUUCGUGCACUUGGGCAGGGUGUCCCUCAGCCCGGCCUGUGCCCUCUGGCAGUCUGGGAGCCUCUGCGGGAGGCUACCAGGUGGGCCAAUCGGGACGGCACUGGCUGGCUGAGCAGCCCCACCCCUUUCAUCACACCUCUGCCACCGCUGGUCACUGCUGCCCCCCAUUGCUGUCCCCGCCCUCUGCCUGCUGGCUUGCACCUUGGCUGUCCCCCCCCCCCACCACCACCACCACUACCAGUAGUUCCACCGUUCAGUCGAUUUGCCUAUUACUCUUGUAUUAUAUAGGGUAUUUAAAAGUAUUGUGAUGGUGUAAACUAUUAAAUUCCUUUGAGUUCUGGGGCUUCUCUAGUAAAAUUUUUUGACUCCUGGAUGGUUCUGGAGUCCCUAGUGUAGUGAUAAGAUGGUCUAGUAACUCAGGAUCUCAGUCAUUCUGAAGCCGUCUUCACAACAGCCCGAUUCUGCCCUACUCUAGGCUGCCGGCCUGGCAAAGUACCAACGUUUGACCAGGCUUAAAGUGAAACUUGGUUCCUGAACUCUUUUCAAACAAGCAUUUAUUAGACACUUACUCUGUGACCAAACCUGUACAACAGGGAAUGGCUAAUACUAGUACCUCUGCUGCUGCAUGGAGCUCUUGAGGGUAAAGCCUGUAUCUUAGUCACCUCUCCAUUCUCAGAAACACCCACCCAGAGCAGCACCCAGAAAUGUGUAUUGAAAGAAACGAGGUCUUGAUAUCAUGAAUGUGCAAACUUUAGAGCUUCAAGUGAAGGUCUGUGCCUAGUCCAUUUCAUUCCUGUAUUUGUUCAAAAAUGUUUAAACACCUGGUUUGGUGGUGUCCCAUUCACUGAAAACCAACUAAAUGCCAGGCCUUCCUGUGUUGGGACAGGGUAACUCCAGGUGACAUGUGGACACAGAAUGAUGGACAUAUUUUCCGGAUUAAAAAGCUGUUAAAUCCAGGAUAACAAGGAAGUUGAGGAGGGCGCCCAAGUUUACCCAAAGAGAAAAAAUAUUUCGACUCCUAAGUAAAGCUAGCAGAGAAACACUGUUGCUCAGAUGUCAGCGUGCUAAUUAUGUACGCAGCAGACUUGGCAGGUACAAAGAUUAAAUUCGCCCACAAAAAAGUAAAAAGGGAAAGGCAAGGGAUCAAGUUUCCAGCUAAAUAAAUACCCCUGCCACUUCCAGAAACUGCAGGCAGCCUCAGGUGGAGCUGAGCCCCAUUUAGGCCUUCAGUGUCACCAAAAUGAAACCAAGGGUAUUUUGUCUAGGUGGUUCUCUGCAUUGCCGUGCCUUCCAGAGGUCAUAGGCUUGUCCACAGGAGGCCGUAUCCCUGUCAGACAUCCUGGACUGGGGUUGACCUUGUCGAGACACCCACGUCUGGGUGAGCAGCCCGAAUGCUGAUCCUCACUGGCUCACCCGCAGCCUUGCCGUGGAACACAUCUUCAUACAGCCAGUGCGUCCUGGAACACGAUAGGUUUCCUCCCCCAUAUGCCUUUGCUGAAAGGCAGUGUGAUCUGCUGCCGUGGUCUUCAAACUAGGGCAGUGGUUCUCAACCUUCCUAAUGCCGCGACCCUUUAAUACAGUUCCUCAUGUUGUGGUGACCCCCAACCAUAAAGUUAUUUUCGUUGCUGCUUCGUAACUGUCAUUUUGCUACUGUU